AUGACCAACCCCAAGACUUUGAGGUCCUUCAAAGACCCCUCGAUGACCAACCCCAAGACUUUGGGGUCCCUCAAAGACCCAUCAAUGAUGGCCCCCCCAGAGGAGAGGACCCCUGGCCGUGCCCCCGCCGGGGGGGGCUACUUCGCCCUGGGCUUUAAUUGCCCCCGCCUGAAGAACCCCGUCAGCAAGAAGACCUGGGGCCGCAAGAUCAAGAUGACUGGGCGGUGUCCCCGCAGCUGCGUGGGGGUGGAGGAGGAGGCGGCGGCCGAGAUCGAUCUCUACCACUGCCCCAAGUGCGAGGUGCUGCACGGCCCCUCCGUCAUGAAACGCCGCCGGGGCCCCCCGAAGCCCCCCGAGGUGGAGCCGGGUCGCCCAGUCCGUACUGGGACCCCCCAGUUCAUCCGGGAGCUACGCGGCCGCACCUUCCCCAGUGCCGAGGAGGUCCUACUGCGGCCUAGCGGGGCCCAGCUGACAGUGGAAUACCUGGAGGAGAAGACCUUCAGCGUCCCCAUCUUGGUGGCCCGCAAAGAGGGGCUGGGCAUGACUUUACCCCCCCCGACCUUCACCCCCCGGGACGUGGAACACUACGUGGGGGCCGAGAAGGUCAUCGACGUCAUCGACGUGGGGCGCCAGGCCGACUGCCGCAUGCGCUUGGGGGACUUCGUGGCCUACUUGGGGGGAGCCCGGCGGGACCGCGUCCUCAACGUCAUCAGCCUGGAGUUCUCCGACACCCGGUGGGUCACCUCCCCGUCCGUCCGUCCCAGUAACUCCCAGUAUGGCCCAGUAACCAACCCCCCAACUCUUCAUGGCAUCACAGCAUCCCUUGGUGUCCUCCCAUGGGACGUCUCUGGUCUCCCCCCACCUCAAGACCCCAACCUUGGGACCUCCAAGGACCAAUGUCACCCCCUCAAGGAGGUCUUGUGUCUCCAGUGUGUCCCAGUAACUCCCAGUAUGGCCCAGUAACCCCCAGUAUGGCCCAGUAAGCCCACAUGGUGUCCCUGGGACCACCACAUCAUCUCCUGGUGUCCUCCCAUGGGACGUCUCUGGUGUCCCCCCAUCUCCAGACCCCAACCUUGAGACCUCCAAGGACCAAUAUCACCCCACCAAGGAGGUCCCAUGUCC